AUGGCUUCUACCGGCACUGGAGGCACUUUGCCACCCAACUUCCUCCUGACCCCGCAACAGCAGAACUUGCUUUUCGCUGCUCUCAACUCCAACAAGCAGCAGCUCUCGGGCUCUACAGCAAACAAUGAUGCUUCAAUCUCGCCUUCUUCGAUCCGUAACUCUGGUGCUGCUCAGCAAAAGACAGUCACCGCUACAGGCUACCAGGAGAGCCCUUUCCUUGAUAACUACGAUUACGACUUCGGCGACUCUGGCUUUGACUUUUCCUUUGCAAGCGAGGAUCAACCUCAAAUGAUUGGAGAUAUCCCUACUGCUGCUGAUUCCACCAACAACGAUGCCUCCGUUGCUCUGUCCGACUCCCCAGAGAAUGACACUCCGGAAAAGCGCAGCUACCCCGAUGAUGAGGAUGACGAAGAUAGCCCAGGUCAGGACCACAAGCGCCGCGAGAGUACCGACAAGGUCCCUAAGAAACCCGGCCGUAAGCCUCUUACAUCCGAGCCUAGUUCGAAACGUAAGGCUCAGAACCGAGCUGCUCAGCGUGCUUUCAGAGAACGAAAGGAAAGACACCUGAAGGACCUUGAGACCAAGGUUGAUGAGUUGGAAAAGGCGUCGCAAGCUGCCAACCAUGAGAAUGGCAUGCUGCGAGCACAAGUUGAGCGUAUGACGGCUGAACUUCACCAGUACAAGCAAAAGGUCACUGUCAUGUCAAGUUCCAAAGCACUUCCUAGGGAGAAGGUUCCCUUCGGAAGCGCUGCAGUCAACAACCUUGGCGAUGUCAAUUUCCAGUUUGAGUUCCCCAAGUUCGGCAUGCUUCCAGGACCGCCUGCCAACAAAGCUCAAUCUGGUUCAUCGCCCACAAGCCCAGAUCAGCAAAAGGCCACAUACCCAAGCCCCACCAGUAGCCUCAACAGCGGCGCACAAUCAACACAACAGUUCAAGGAUGAUUUGGCCAAGUUCUCGGGUGUCUUCAGCCCUUCUAUGUCAAGCUCGGCCACAAACCCUUCGCGCGCGAGCGUCGACUCCGCAAACUACAGCGUCAAUGGCACCUCAAGCUCACCUUCUGCGUCAUCGCAUUCAAACACUGGCCCCAGCUCUUCCUGUGGAACAUCACCUGAACCUUUUACUCAAUCACCUAUGGGUACUAAGCCUGUUGACACGAUGACCACCAUCGGCGAGGAACAGACUCACCAGAAUAAUGCGAGCCAAUUCGGUAACAUCGAUCUUAGCAACAGCAACUUCGACUGGCUUUCACAACAGAAUGGUGGUCAGUUCGACCCACAGCUCUUCGGUGACUACCGUGAGCCUCAAGAAAAUGUGUUGUUAAAUGCACCAUUUGACGACUUCUUCAACGACGCUAUCGAAAGCGAUUUCUUCACACCUUACAACAUGCCUCCCACAGGCGACCUUACAAAGACCAACGCCCAUCCCAAGAACCUUAUUGAUCAGAUUGAUGCCGAGAAGGAAUCUUGUGACGAUGAGCCUCUCAAGAAGCAGAACAUGAACUGCAACCAGCUUUGGGAGAAACUCCAGUCUUGCCCCAAGGCACAAAACGGCGAGUUUGAUCUCGACGGUCUCUGCUCCGAACUCACCAAGAAGGCCAAGUGUUCCGGCACAGGCCCCGUAGUCGCUGAGACCGACUUCGAUACCAUUCUUCAAAAAUACAUGGGCAAAGACGUCUCCAGUAGUUGUGUCGCUGAAAAGCUGGGCGUGGAACUAAAGGCCAAUAAACCUCAACAAGAGCAACAUCUAGGUCUAUCGAUUUGA